AUGGCGUCCUCCACUGAAAGUGAAUCAGAGACAGAGGCCGUGGAUCUAUCUUUGCCAGACUCAGAUCUUUGGGCGCGUCUCCCACGAAGGUUUCGCACAGCUUAUGGUGCAGCUGGCGGGCAUUUGCCAGAUGAUGCUUUCCUGGCAUACAUGUUUGAAGACGCGAGCGAGUUAGCUGCAGAGAUGAGCUCACAUGUUCCUCAGCAUGACCGUCGCAAGGCAAUCCAAAUUUUCUCGACGUUACAGUCGAGAGCUUUGCCGCGCGCACAGCGACGAAACAAGUGUCGUGGCCUAGUGGACCCAGCUUGGCAGAAGGUCUCACUAGCCAAGAAGCUCGCGUCCUUGAAUUCCAGUGAGGCUGCCGGUCUUCAAGACACAUUAUCCUGGCUUAUCAAGCACUCAGGGGCUCGUAAGGAGCGCGUCGCGUGGCCGACGCGAGCAGCCCGCAAGCUUGCAGACUCGAAGCUGGAGUUGUCACGGGCAGCAAUCGAGAAGGCCGAACUGCAGCGGUGGCGAGCACAUCUUGUGGAGCUCUUUGUGGAAGCAAAUACUCCUCUGGUUCGGCAAGCCCAGCUGGCCUCAUGCCCAGAGUCGGCAAUAGCUGCGUCACUUGGAAGCAUGCGCGCGUCCACCAUACGCAAGAGAGUGCGUGAGUGGAGAAAGCUGCGGGUCUUUUCCUUGGGACUCAGCGCUUGCCCAUGGCCGAAACAUGUUGGCGUGGUAUUGGACUAUCUGCAAAAUCGUGUUGCCGAGCCAUGUGGCCGCAGUGUGCCCAACGCUGUCCUCGAAGCUUUGUCUUUCAUGGAGAGGAAGGGCGGCGUUGCAGCAGACCAGCGCUUGGCUGAUUUGCCAAUUCUCAAAAAUUUUGUGAACCAGGCGACGCAUGAUCUUGAAAUCGGGGCACCGCCGACAAAGAAGGCGCCGCUUCUCCCCUUGAUGUUAGUGGGGGCGCUCGAGCUGUGCGUGACUGAUUCAUCUGCGCCAUUUUUUGCCCGGGGGCUAGCAUUCUACAAACUCUUGAAGCUCUGGACAGCGUGCAGGACAAACGAUCUUAGCGGCCUGAAUCCAGCGUCGUUGAGGCUGACGAAAUUUGGUCUAGUAGGGGUGCUGGAACGCACCAAGACUACUGGCCCUGGAAAACGAGUUCGGCAUCUUCCGAUCUUCGUUGCUGCCUCCGUUGGGUUCAUGAGUUCGACCUGGCUUGAGCAAGGGCUGAAGCUAUGGUUAAGUGAGACCAUGUCAUUCGAGCGCGAUUUCUUUCUGCCCAUGCCCAAUUCUGACUGGUCUGGAGUGCGACAUAUCAUGGCCGAUUAUGCUGAUGUUGUCGGUUUGAGUCAGCACUUAUUGCGGAUGCUACGUCUUCCCGUGAAGAAGGGAUGUCAAUGGGUGCUGUCAGAUCAGCCUCUUCUUCCGGCGCAAGAGGCACGGACCUUCUGGAAGGAGCACUCAGAAAGAAACUGGUUAACAAGUUUGCUCGCAGCGUGUGGUGUGGGCGUCGAGCAGCGGAACUACAUUGGGCGCUGGCAUAUAGCGUCUUCUGCCGAUGAGUACCUACGUACAGCGCAGCAAGUCAUCAUAGGAUUACAGGAACAGCUCAUGGCGUCGAUCUGUGGCCGUGAUCAAUGGGACCUCCGCAACGCAGGCUUAGAAGAACUUCACAUGUACCUGUGUGACAAAGGUCUUCCGGACGAAGCGGCCGAGCGACUCUGCCAGUCGCUGCGCUUGGGCCCUCACUGGUUUACACGUGUUCCGGAACCUGUCGUAGCAGUGCAGCUCGAGCUUGAACCAGAGAUGAUAGAGUCGGAGACAGUAGCAGAGGAGUCCGGAGCUGAGACCGCGCCGUACUUUGUUACAGUUGUGGGAAAGAAGCGACUUCGGCGUUUACAUCGGCAAGGUGGAUGUGGAGUCAGUUUGAUGGAAGUGCAGGAAUCCGAGCCGGUUUGGCGCCUGAAGGGCACGAGCUAUGAUCUGGCCUGUAGGCAUUGCUGGCGUUCUGGCGAUUGUUCUGUGUCCGAGGGAGAAGACGCGGAUGAUUCGGGCAGCUCAGGCGAAUCGGACGGCUUGGCAGAGGCGGCAGGGUCUUGA